AUGUUUGAUUUCAGGAAAGAGACAGGGGUGUUGUUUCUAGCAAGGGGUCGUUCGUUGGCUCUCCAGCCGUGCUUUCCUUCGGCGUGUCCAGCCCCGAGGGCCUUUCUCUCUCAGCUCGGACACCGGAACAGCAGCAGAAGGUUCAAUAGGCCUGGCCCGGUACGGGUCCCUCGCCCACAGCACCCCAGACUGCCACCGCAGCCGCUGCAGGCUCCCCUCCCCGCUCCGUGCUGCCGCCACCUCUCCGCCUUUUACUUCACGCCCGCUCGCGCCCCGCCGCCGCCUCCGCGCGCGCCGCGGCCGCCGCCGCCUGGGCCAGGGCAGCCCGCGCGCGGGGGGGGGGGGGGGGGAGGCGCGCGCCUCUGCGCGACACCGGGAGAGCGCGUGCGCGCGCGACAGAGAGCGCGAGAGGGCGGGCGCGAGCCCCGUCCCCGUGCGGCCGCAGAGGAGAAGCAGCGGCGGCAGGCGCGGCGGAGCGACGCCGAGGCUCUUGUUUACCAGCGUUCCUUCUCCGUCGUGCACAGGGAGACAGCGCGAAGGAGGAGGAGAAAGGGGGGAGGACGCGGCAGCAGAGCGCUGCGAGCCCUGCUGCAAGCGAGCGGCGAAUUAAUUGGGAGGAGCAGCAGACCCUUCCCCCCCAACACACCCGCCGCCUUCCCUCCCCGGAGGAAUUACAGACCCUUCGCAACAAGCGUUCCUGGGCUUUGA